GAUAUCCUGUACAUGAGUUCUCAGAAGGGUAACGUGGGAAGCUUUGGUUUUUCAUUUCGGAUUGCUCUUUAAAAUUGAUCGAGCGCCAGUGCAGUGUGGUACAAGUUGCUUUGUAUACUAUGUGACAUGUAGCGUUAUAUCAUCUUUCGUUUAAAAUCUGUCAUGUGGGGCCAUUAAAAGUAUCCGCCUACAAAAAUACAGAUGGAUGGGAGAGUCUGUGCGAGAUUUUAUUCAUAAUUAUGUUAAUCUGAUAGUGAUUGAUGUUUUUAACUGGUGAUGAGAUAAGAAGGAAGGAUCGUAAAAAAUGAACAUGUGUUGUCAUGAGUGGAAAUUGGAAAACAUUGCGAAAGCGACGUUUUACGUGCAGGUUCUGUGACAGCAUUACGGAGACCCCGGAAACUACGUGUUUUAGAUGAGGACAGGCAGGAUGCAAGCGUUUGGGGAAUCAUGCACGAGGACCGUGUCAGUUUUACCAAAACUUAAGUUGAAGCCAGAAGUUCGUCAGUACCUCAGUAAUGCAUUUCAGAAUAAAGAGGUGAGGCUUUUCCUUGUGUCUUUUCGUGAUGUUAUUGCAAAGACCGAAGCCCGUACCUAGACACUGUGCUUCAGCUUAAUCACCAAGACAAACUCCGUGUAUAACAUCCGGGAAGCUGAACUAAGCCACAUAAUAAGAUGAGGUUGCUGACCGAAGUGGAUGAACAGGAGGCAGAGAAAAAGUUCGAGGAGCUCCUCACCUACCUGUCCCACCCCCCGGGCUUCACCUGCGUGAGAGCCAGCACCCACCUGGAGUCCCUGGAGACCAUCAGAGAGCAGCUGGUGGAGGAGCUCCAAAAGCAGGUGGCAUGGUCCUCAGGCGUGGGGCCAGUCCCAAUAUUUACACACCCACAGGUUCCCGAUGUUCUGCUCAUCCGUGUUACCGGACCCCUGUCUGUCUGCCGGCAGAGGUCAGAGGUCAUCGUAGGAGCACAGUGUGGGAAUUCCGUGCUGCGGGGGGCUCACGUCUUUGCGCCUGGCGUUUUGUCUGCCCCUAAAUACAUGAAGGCUGGGGAUUCAGUUGCAGUUUGCUCCGACGUCGAGGGUAGGUGCACGCGGGGGGCGACGGACUUCCAGGGCAGGAAGGUUUUUCUGGGUAACGGGAUUGCUGUGAUGAGCCGCGCGGAGAUCUUCCAAGCGGAUGAGCCAGUCAGGGGGGUGGCAGUGAGGGUGCAGGAGCCUGUGUACCACAGCCCCUGUUUCGAUGGUCUCCUGCCCAGACUCGUCUUCCUACAGAACCUACCUUCGGUGGUGGUGAGCCAUGUGUUGGGUCCACAACCAGGUGAGAGGAUCCUGGACAUGUGUGCAGCCCCUGGGGGGAAGACCUCGCACAUCGCCGCCCUGAUGGGGGGUCAGGGGGAAGUAAUGGCUUUGGAUAAGAUCGCCAGCAAGGUGGAGCGGAUUCGCCAGAACGCCUCGACCCUGGAGUUGGAUUGUAUCGCGGCUUACUGUUUCAACAGUAUCCGGGCUGUGUGUGCUGAUCAGGCCCAGGUUCCAGGAAAUGGCGGGCCACCCUUCCCCCCAGAGAGUUUCGACAGGGUUCUGUUGGACGCCCCCUGCAGCGGCCUGGGCCAGAGGCCCAACAUGGCGUCCUCCUUGAGCCUGCGUGAGGUCACGUCCUACCAGCCUCUGCAGCGCAAGCUCUUCCAUGCAGCCGUGCAGCUGCUGCGGAGGGGCGGCACCCUGGUGUACAGUACCUGCACCAUCACCCUGGCAGAGAACGAGGAGCAAGUGGCCUGGGCGCUCUCCACCUUCCCGAAGCUGACGCUACAGCCGCAGACCCCUCACAUCGGAGGAGAGGGGAUGCUGGGGGCAGGCCUAUCACGUGACCAGCGCCGCCUGGUCCAAAGGUUUAGCCCGCGCCAUGAUCCCAGUGACUCGGACCUGGUGGAGAGAGACCCAAACAGCAUCCUCCAGCAGGCCAACGCUGACACCAUCGGCUUCUUCAUAGCCAAGUUCCAGAAGACCUGAGUGGCAGCCCACCCCAGAGGGGGGAGAAACCCAUGACAAGCAGCUCAGGAAGCCUGCAGGAGUGAAGUACGAAUCGUUCUCGCUGACCGGAAACCAUCCCCCUGUGACACCGGCCAGGAGCACCAUAUACGGAGCACCCCCCCCCCCCAACGGUUGUCUUGGAGAUGGUGACGGCACGGCUGUCAUGGCAACGGCUAUGUGACGGCAGACGGGGAAGUUGAGAACGGAGGAGAAAGUGAUUUAUCACUCAAAUCGCGUCUUACUGGGCGGCGACAGGACUGAGGAUUAUUUUUAGAGGGCAGGUUCUGCGUGGGGCUUAUUUUGAACACUUGUGUGCUGUAUUUAUUAUUUUUUUUUGUAGUACUAUUGAAAUAAACAUUUUGCAGUCCUUUAA